AUGUCCAUAUUCUCCCAUUUGCGAAGGAGCCGCCAACAGGCCAAGGAACACAACGCAAAGCUCGCAGAGCAAAAGAAAAAGGAUGCCCAAACAACACCAUACCGGCACGUUCCCACACAUGCCGCCUCGGACGCCAUCUCCUCGGCGCCACCCGCCUGGCGAGAAGUUAACGACAGGCCCCGCAUCGUCGAGCAAAAUCGAAGGCGCAGCGCCAUGGCCGCCGCUGGCUACUCCAUGAACAUGCCCUCCACCACCACCAUUUCUCCUAUGCCGCGCGUCUCCAGCGGCCUCUCCUACGUCUCCUACCCCAACGGCGAGGCCACACCCCACGUCGGCAUGCCCCGCGCCUACAGCUCCAACAGCGUUCAUCACCCCUACGGACCCGGCCGCGAGGUCGUCUACUCUAUGCCUGACGCCGUUCGCUCUCGCCCGUCUUCCUGGAAGGGCAAGGAGGUCAGCAGACACUCCUUUUCCGCCUAUGAUAUUUCAGGCGGCAGCAGCACCGCUGUUAGCAAAGAUCCGACACCGGAAGGAAGCUCCAGAGCAUCCAACAGUUCUCACGAUGAACUUGAAAUGGUGACCAUGUCCUCCAAUCACCCAAAGAAAUCACAGACUCUGCAGGUCCCUCAGGCCCACCAGGCCCAGCAGACAUACCACCCGGUCCAGCAGGCCCAGCAGGUCCAGCAGCUGCAGACAUAUCACCAGGUUCAGCAUACGCAGCAAGCGAAGCAGCUUCAAAGUGCCCAGCAGGCUCAGGUCCAGUUCGAUGCGCAACCACCUGUGACGCAGGCAUCUCAGCAAAUCCCGCCACAGCAAUCUCUGCCGGCCACGGCCGCUCAACAAGUGCAGGCCCCAGAGUCUCCCCGACCAGGUUCCGGCUAUGCCCACCGUCUGCACCCAAGCCACCGCCGCACCUCCUCCGACAUUUCCGAUAGGACAGCUGUACCCGUUAGCACCAAGCCCGCCACAAGAGAUGCACGCCCGCCGCCGCCGUCUAUGAGAGGCUUCAACUUCAUUCCCACGACGCCAAACCAGCCGCCACCUGCCAUGACCCCGCGCGACAGCAAGCUGGAACCCAGCAACGCUGCGCGCCAAAAUUCCUCACAGCAGCGCCCCGGCUUUGGCGGCUUUACGCCCAAGGCAUCUCCAACGACAGCCGUUGCGCCACCGGCCGCCCGCAACUCGAGCGACUUGAAUCUCGGCAACUUUUCAAUUCCGAGCCCCAGUCUCGACUUUACCAGCGCGCCCACGACACCCCCCUCUGGCGGCUAUGCCACGUAUCAUGCUCGCGUCAAGGAGCACAAUCCGUCGACGCCUGCAGCUCAGCUGCAGCAGCCCGAAAUGGAGACCAUUGUUUCCAAUACCUUUGCGCGUCACAGCCGCUCCGAGAUGCCGCCGCCGCUUGCCCACGACAACUUGGUCAACAUUUUUCCUGAGCCGGUGCCCGAUUCGUACGAUUCAAAGUCUAGCCGCGGCAAGCUUGGCAAGGGAAAAAAGACGCGCUGGUCGUUCUCCAAGUCGUCGCCUAUUACGGCAUAA